GCCUUCGAGCCUAGUUCACGUAAAAUACCAUGCGCCUCCCGCUUCUUCCCCGGUCCCCUCCCCUCGCCGCCGCCAUGCCUCCUCGCCGCCGCCGCGUCGUCAGAUCACCGCCGCUCCCGCCUUCCCCUCCACAAAUCUCCUCUACCCCGCCGCCGGUUGCUCCCCUACGGGGCCCCAAACCCGGAAGCCCCGACCACGACGACCCCCCUCCCUCCGCCCGUCGCCGCCUCCUCCCGCUCGCCGCCGCUGCCGUCGAGGCGCAGGAGGAGUGGCACCCACUCCCGCUCUCCGCCGCCGACCUCUCCCUCCCGCUCACGCUCCCCACCGGCCAGACCUUCCUCUGGCGCCGCACCUCCCUCUCCCCGCUCCGCUUCACCGGCGCUGUGGGGCCGCACCUCGUCUCCCUCUCCCACCUCCCCGACGCCGACGGCGGCCGCCUCGCCUUCCUCCUCCACAAUGACGGCGGCUGCCCUGCCUCCUCUUCCGUGCCCGCCGCCCGCGCCGCGCUGUGCGACUACCUCAACGCGGCCGUCCCGCUCGCCGACCUCUGGCGCCAGUUCGCCGCCGCCGACGAGCGCUUCGCCGAGGUCGCCGCGCGCCUCGAGGGCGGCGGGGCGCGGGUGCUCAGGCAGGAUCCCGUCGAGUGCGUCUUCCAGUUCCUCUGCUCCUCCAACAACAACAUCAAGCGGAUCGAGAAGAUGGCGUGGACGCUGGCGGGAUACGGGGAGCGGCUCGGCGAGGUUGGUGGGUUCGUUUUCCACCGGUUCCCCACGAUCGAGCAGCUCGCGCGCGUGUCGGAGCAGGAGCUUCGGGAGGCCGGGUUUGGGUACAGGGCAAAGUACAUUGUUGGCACUACUAAAGAACUGCAGGCCAAACCUGGUGGAGGUGAAAAAUGGCUUGCUUCAUUGCGUGAGAAGGAACUUCCAGAGGUGAUUGAAGCUCUUUGCACUCUGCCAGGUGUUGGUCCAAAGGUUGCUGCGUGCAUUGCUCUGUUCUCCCUUGAUCAAAAUCAUGCUAUUCCUGUCGAUACACAUGUCUGGAAGGUUGCUACACAGUAUCUGUUGCCGGAGCUAGCUGGGAAGAGCCUGACCCCGAAACUUAGCAUUGUCGUCGCCGAUGCAUUUGUAACUAGAUUUGGAAGCUAUGCUGGCUGGGCACAGAAUGUGCUCUUCAUCGGCCAGCUACCUGCUCAAAAAGUUGUGAUAGCCAAAGUUACCACUGACGGUGGCACCACAAAAUCUACCAAAAGGAAGCGUGCGGGGAACCGAAACCAGGAAAAUUGAGAACAUGUAACCAUGGGAGAGCAUGGAAACCAGUGAUAGCAAGGUUUGCCAUUUCUUCUGUGUUGUUCUCGUUCAGUAGCCAGUAACUACGAUGUUAUUUGGUCACGACAAACGAUCUUCUGCUGAACAUGGAGGUACUGAGCAGCUGCUUCAUUGGCAUAUUGGGUUUCUCAAAAUCCCGCUGAAAAAUGGAAAUCCAGAUAUCUAGAUGGGCAACUCUCGGAACUUGAUGACAAUCGGCAACUAUCUGUCCUGUGGCCCUGCCGCUGUAGGGAUCCAUCCAUGAGAAGGUAUUUUAGAAUCCUGAUUACACUAACAUAUUAGCCGUCAGCUUCUGACGUAGGAACGCCUGACUCAUUGAUGAUCCUGAUGUUGUAUCAUUGUCAAUCUUAAUUUUUAUGUGGGCAUUGUGUCGCUUGGACGGCGUGAUUGGCCUGCCUGUGCAUCUUCCAUGGAAAUGUUAAAUGGAAGGCCGCAUUUUUAUGUAAUUGUAUUAUUGUCCAAACAGCGACGAAAAAAAUCAAUUUGAUCACCAUUCUUCUGUAA